AUGGGGCAGCUUGGGGCGCUCCUCCUGCUGCUGGGGGCCCUGGGGGCUCUCGCUGACAUCUGCAUCAUACCCGAGGUGGACAGCAGCCUGGUGCAGAGUCUCGGCCAGCGCCUCUUGCCCUGGCUGGACCAGCUCUCUCUGGAGGACCUGAACCCCAGUAUCUACGUGGGCCUGCGCCUCUCCGGCCUGGAGGCCGGCUCCAAGGAGCCCUUCUACCUACACAGCCUCAAGGUCGAUUACCAGCAGAGCCUCCUGAGGCGUGCCCCCAGCGAUGACGGCGGUGACCUCGAGCCCAAGCCCUCCAUGGGCCAGCUGGCCCUCUACAUGCUGGCGCUCAAGGCCAACUGCGAGUUCAUCGGCGGCCACAAGGGGGACAGGCUGGUGUCCCAGCUGAAGCGGUUCCUGGAGGACGAGAAGCGGUCCAUCGGGCAUGACCACAAGGGCUACCCCCCUGCCGGCUACUACCAGUACGGCCUGAGCAUCCUGGCCCUGUGCGUCCACCAGAAACGGGUCCAUGACAGCGUGGUCGGCAAGCUCCUCUACGCUGUGCAACACGACCACCACCUCCAGGGGGGCCCCCUCUCUGUGGACACCCUGGCCAUGGCGGGCUUGGCCUUCACCUGCCUGGAUCGCUCCAACCUCAACUCGGAUCUGCGACACCGGAUCACCCUGGCCACCAGGACGGCAAAGGAGAAGGUCCUGAGGGCCCAGACCCCCGAGGGCUACUUUGGCAAUGUCUACAGCACCCCUCUGGCGCUGCAGCUGCUGACAACCGCCCCGUUGCCCGGGACGGAGCUGGGCAUGGCCUGCCUCCACGCGAGGGCCGCUCUGUUGGCCAGCCUGCAAGACGGCGCCUUCCAGAAUGCCCUCGUGAUCUCCCAGCUGCUGCCCGUCCUGAACCACAAGAGCUAUGUGGACCUCGUCUCCCCGGACUGCCUGACACCCAGAGUCCUGCUGGAGCCGGCGACGGCCACCCCCCCGCCGCUGCAGCUCCCCGAGUUCAUCCAUGUGAUGCUGAAGGCCCCCAGCGUGUGGCCACCGUACAGACACGCCGUCUCCGUGCCUGCCGGGGCCUCCUUGGAGGAUGUGCUAUGGAAGGCCCAGGAGCUCGGAGGAUUCAUGUACGGGACCCGGGCCAGCCUGUCAGGCCCCUACCUGACGUCCGUGAUGGGGAAAGAAGCAGGAGAGCGGGAGUUCUGGCAGCUGGUCCGGGCCCCCGACACCCCGCUGCAGCAAGGAAUUGCUGACUACAUACCCCAGGAUGGAGAGACCAUCGAGCUGAGGCUGGUCCGCUGGUAG